GCUUCCGGGAAUCCGUCGGUCUGUGGGGAAGCUUUUGUGGUGUAGGCGAGCCUUGGGGAGCCGUGUCUGUCGUCGGCAAGGGGAGCUGGUCUCCCGAGGUCCGCUGCUGCAGACAUGGCGGCGUCCACCGCGGCUGGGAAGCAGCGAAUUCCUAAAGUGGCCAAGGUCAAAAACAAAGCUCCCGCUGAAGUACAGAUAACUGCUGAACAACUCUUAAGAGAAGCGAAAGAAAGAGAACUUGAGCUGCUUCCACCUCCACCUCAGCAGAAGAUCACAGAUGAAGAAGAAUUAAACGAUUACAAACUAAGGAAAAGGAAGACUUUUGAAGAUAACAUAAGAAAAAACAGGACUGUAAUUAGUAACUGGAUAAAAUACGCACAAUGGGAGGAGAGUCUGAAGGAGAUUCAAAGGGCUCGCUCCAUAUACGAGCGUGCUUUAGAUGUGGACUACCGAAAUAUUACACUCUGGCUAAAGUACGCAGAAAUGGAAAUGAAAAAUCGCCAGGUCAACCAUGCCCGUAAUAUCUGGGACCGGGCCAUCACGACUCUGCCCAGAGUCAACCAGUUCUGGUACAAGUACACAUACAUGGAGGAGAUGCUGGGGAACAUCGCGGGUGCUCGCCAGGUGUUUGAGCGCUGGAUGGAGUGGCAGCCCGAGGAGCAAGCCUGGCACUCCUACAUCAACUUCGAGCUGAGGUACAAAGAGGUGGAGCGAGCCCGCACCAUUUAUGAACGAUUCGUCCUCGUGCACCCUGAUGUUAAGAACUGGAUCAAAUAUGCCCGCUUUGAAGAAAAACAUGCUUAUUUUGCCCACGCACGGAAAGUGUACGAGAGAGCUGUUGAGUUCUUCGGAGAUGAGCAUAUGGAUGAACAUCUUUACGUUGCCUUUGCCAAAUUUGAAGAAAACCAGAAAGAAUUUGAAAGGGUGCGAGUGAUCUACAAGUAUGCCCUGGAUAGAAUUUCAAAACAAGAGGCCCAAGAGCUCUUUAAGAACUACACCAUCUUUGAGAAGAAGUUUGGUGACAGGCGCGGUAUUGAAGACAUCAUUGUGAGCAAACGGAGAUUCCAGUAUGAGGAAGAAGUGAAGGCCAAUCCGCACAAUUACGACGCGUGGUUUGAUUACUUGCGCUUGGUGGAGAGCGAUGCAGAAGCAGACACAGUGCGGGAAGUCUAUGAGCGAGCCAUUGCCAACGUGCCUCCCAUUCAGGAGAAGAGGCACUGGAAGCGCUACAUCUACCUGUGGAUCAACUACGCCCUCUAUGAGGAGUUGGAGGCCAAGGAUCCUGAGAGGACAAGACAGGUGUAUCAAGCCUCUUUGGAAUUAAUUCCUCACAAGAAGUUCACAUUUGCCAAAAUGUGGUUAUAUUACGCGCAGUUUGAAAUAAGACAGAAAAAUUUACCAUUUGCCAGAAGAGCUUUGGGAACGUCCAUAGGCAAAUGUCCAAAGAACAAGUUAUUCAAAGGUUACAUAGAAUUGGAGCUGCAGCUUCGAGAAUUUGACAGAUGCCGGAAGCUUUAUGAAAAGUUUCUGGAAUUUGGACCCGAAAAUUGUACCUCAUGGAUUAAAUUUGCAGAAUUAGAGACAAUCCUUGGUGAUAUUGAGAGAGCUCGGGCAAUCUACGAAUUAGCCAUCAGUCAGCCACGCCUGGAUAUGCCAGAGGUGCUCUGGAAGUCUUAUAUUGACUUUGAAAUCGAGCAGGAGGAAACCGAAAGAACACGAAAUCUGUACCGACAGUUGCUUCAGCGGACACAGCACGUCAAGGUGUGGAUCAGUUUUGCUCAAUUUGAGUUGUCUUCAGGGAAAGAAGGAAGUUUGACUAAAUGCCGACAGAUUUACGAAGAGGCUAACAAAACCAUGCGGAACUGUGAAGAAAAGGAAGAGAGGCUUAUGCUGCUGGAAUCUUGGCGAAACUUUGAAGAUGAAUUUGGAACUGUAGCAGAUAAGGAGAGAGUAGACAAACUCAUGCCAGAGAAGGUCAAGAAGAGAAGAAAGGUCCAGGCCGAUGAUGGGUCCGAUGCAGGCUGGGAAGAAUACUACGAUUACAUCUUUCCAGAAGAUGCUGCCAACCAGCCCAACCUCAAGCUGCUGGCCAUGGCCAAGCUGUGGAAGAAACAGCAACAGGAAAAGGAGGCUGCAGAGCAAGACCCAGAUAAGGACAUGGAUGAGAGGGACCCCUGAUUUUUUCUGCAUACUGAUAAAUGUUUUAUUAUUUUUAUAAAUUAAUAGCUUGGAACUGUUGGUGACUCCCAAAGUUUUUUUAUAUAUAUUUUACCAGUACAGAAUUGACUGGAAUCCGACAGAUACUUUUUGAAUGAUUUUUAAAAUGCUCUUGGAUUGGAAAGGUAUUUUUUAAUGGCUCUUUUUUCUUUAUACAACUGAGUCCAAACUUUUCUGAUGUUUGUCCAUGUCAUGCACUAGGAAAUGUAAUUAACCAUCUAUUUUAGAUGGACCUGCAGACUUGUACUUUUGUGUUGGAAGUUUUUGUGCUAUUUCCUGUGCCGUUUUCUUGCGCAUGUCUGUGUAAGUAUAUUUCAGGUGUUCAUCUGAGACCUAUAGCUUUCCUGGCCUCUGAGUCACAGGCUUCAGGUCUCAGCACCACUAGUAAUUUAACUUUUAUUUUCGGUUUCCUCACUCAUAAAUGGGCUAAUACUUUGACAGCUUAUUUUGAAGGUUACCAUAGAAAAGGAAUAUACCUGGCACAUAGUAAGUGCUCAAUAAAAUGUUGCCAGCCACUUUUUUUGUAGAACUGAAUGUACUUGGAUUAACUUCUGGCUACCACUACCUUCUUACUAGUGGCCAGAGGUAUAGGGCUUUUUUGAAAGCUUGGAAACUAAGUUCUCUUAGCGGGCUGUAUUAUCUUCUGACACAUUAAACCCCCUGGGUUUGAGCAAGCAUAAAAACCCUUUAAAAUAACUACUUGCUAAAUAAUGAAACGUAAAUAGCACAAGAAUGAUAAUAUAUCUGGUGAUAUGUCGCUCACAUUCUUAAGCAAAAAACAUAUGCUUAGGUGGACUGGAGAAAUUGUUUCAUUUAACCUGGACCACAUUUCUCAAGCAUUUUGUUCUGUUCACUGUGGCUCCAGUGCUAUAGUCACUGGACAGUGUCAGCCUGAGGUAUGUGUGGCUUCUGGCUCUUGCUUGCUGAGGUCUGUCUUGUCAGUAAAAAGGAAAAUAGAUUACAGUCUCUGUUGGCUAAGUCUGCAGAGAGAGCAGAGUAUGGACGUGUAAUCAGUAGCUGUUUUGUACACACAAGACAGAAACUGAUGACCAUGUUCGCAUAAUAAGCAGUGCCAGUAUGAAAUGCUUGGAGGAAGAAGUUACUCUUUCAUGGAAGAAUACUUCUCAUCUACCCUAAUAAGUCCUUUCAAAAGUAAAAGGUUUUUAGUAACUACUACUUCUGUAUUUCUUUAGUUGCUUCUCUAUUAAUUUAUUAUUUACAGGUGAGAAAAUUUUGUGUGAAAAAUGCAUGGUUGGCUGUUGAUCAAGUUUCUUUAGGAAUUGGGUUCUUUUUCCUCUUACAUAGUAAGUUCUUCCCAGUUACCAAAUAUAUAAAAUGUGUAAGAAGGAAGCUUAAGUAUGCUGAGCAGGGAUUAUUUCAAGGAUGCAUCGGAACCACGUUUUAUAGAGUGGCAUUUGGUGCAGUUCACACACUACUUAAGGGGGCCCGCACUCUCGAUUCCACUUUCUGCCACUGCAGAGGCUGGGAGGCGGCAAGUGACAGUUCAGGUGGUUGCGUGCUUGCCACCCACACAGCAGACCUUGGGUUGAAUGCCUGGCCCCUGACUUCAGCCUGGCACAGCCCCAAGCUCCUGCAGGCAUUUAGGAGAUUUUUGCAUGUCCCUUUUAAGGAGUUUACCACAGUGCAGACAAAAACAACACAUGCUAAAUGAUGACCUUUAACAAAUCUGGUUAAGUUUUAUAAAUGGCCAACAAACAUCCAUAGAACCAAC